GUAGACGCAUGUGGGCACUGUGUUGUUUGUUAUGAACUUUGAGUAUUGUAGUCACACGCACAAUUUCCGUAGAGCAACGAUUUUUGAUUGUGCGUGAGCAUGCCUUUCUUAAUACCUAAGAGUCGCAUAAUAUCUACAAAGGAGUCGUUUACACACUCAACAUGCCCAUAAAAACGCACUUUUCUUCAUCGCUUAGUUCCAACACGGCUGCAAACACCUGCCAACCACCACUUCUAAAAUUCGAUUUUCUGAAAGGGAAUUGUUGGAUUUUCUGUUGGUUAAAGUUCAAUACCGCUCUCUUAUUAACGUUUAUGUAAACGUCCGGUCUAUGUCUGGUGAAAACGAGAGGAUACGCGAGCUGCCAACUCUCCCGUUGGAGGACCCUGCGAUCGUCAAGUUGGAACAACUUCCCGAUGCCAAAGACAAUCCCAAAUCCGUCAUUUCUGAAGAUGAAACAGAUAUAGAAGUGUCACGGUCGCCGUCUCCAGCAGAUUCUGACCGAAUGACCGUUGAAAUGGACGAGGACGUUAAAGAGUUGCAACCAACAUUGUCAGAUACGGUUUCUCGGGGGCUUUCUGCAAGAGCUACAUCUGUUCCGACGACGUUUGACCAUUUAGACUUUUACUCUGCGAACCAAUUGUCCUUUGCAAAGAAUGCCAAACGAUUUGGUGCCGUUCUACGACGUCGUCAGCAACAAUUAAUGGAUAAAACACGACAGCUGAGUUAUGUACAAAAUGGGCUUAGACACACAUGGGAUUCCAACAACGAGCUUCUGGAAAAGUUAGCUGAAAGCGAACAUGCUAAGGAACACAAGAAAUCGGAUGACCCGUUGGCAAAUAGAAGCACACGGAAAGUAUUCAACAACUUUUCGGCUGGUGACAUUGUUCGUUCUGAAGCCGAGUUUAUGGAAAUCUUAGCGAGUUUGGAGCAAAAGGAACGACAACUUUCAUCUGCCAAAGAACAUCCUGGAACUGCGCAGAUUCCAGACAUGGACCUCGAUUGGUCUAAUCGGCCGUUCCAAGCGUUUCUUGAUGAAAAUAGGCGACUUCGUACGUGGUUUGCAUACCAACAGCUAUCUAAUCCUGAAAGUAUUUGGACACCGGAACAGCAUGAAUUGUAUUGCCAAUCUUUUGCCAAGCACGGCAAAAGUUUUGGCGACAUUGCGAAUGACGUGCCGGGGAAGACCUUUCAAGAAUGUGUGCUGCAUUAUUAUCGAACAAAACGGCAGAUAAAUUACCGGGAAAUCAAUCCAAACUCGCGUACAAGCGGGCGCCGUAGGAAGAAGUCCGCAUUAAGUUCUCGUAAAGGAAAGCAAAAAACGAAAGGCUCGUCUCUCAUGGUUGAUAUCGAGGAAGCAGAACAUGCAACUGCCGAAACUAGAAGACUGCAUACAAAAAAGAAACGUGCGAAUGCAUCACCUUCUUUAUCACGGGCGGAGCAUAUUUCAGAACCUGAUAUUACAAGCAGUACACCAGAACCUUAUUCCGAACCCACCCAACCAUAUACACCUUUGAAGCGCACCUCAGUAGCUUCUUCUCCUAGAACGCGUUCCAGACGAAAGGGAUCGCAGGUUGCCGUAAAAACAGCUGGACUCUCACCUGCUGCCGUGCCAUCAGGCAUCCAUGAGAACGAAUCUCCUAUACUACCGCAGCAGUCUACACCAACAAGCGCGCUUCCUCCGACGCCUUCUCGAAGUGCAAUGGAAAGUUCUUCACUAUUCCCCAAUCGUCUACAAGAGGAAGAUGCCGCCCAGGCUUUAGCAGACCUAUCCUCGUAUAACGUAAAUAACGCGUCCGUUCUGAAUGAGACUGAAACGACUCUUGCUCAUUCGUUAGCGCACAGGGCGUCAGUUCCACUAAUUGACAGCACAAUUCACGAGGGAGCUACUGAAUUGCACCUCCUUUCGAGAGGCCGUGUUUCUGUGGCUACGACAAUGCCAAGCCGUGAAAUGCAUGGUCACAUGUUACCUCCUUAUCCGUUUCCCCCUUCUACGAUGUAUUCAACAUGCGCGUCUCUUCAAACACUGGCCAACGUUGUCACGGGUCACGAUGGGGAGCUUGAAGACCGGCUAGAGGGUGACAAUCAUCGUUCAUAAUGGUUGCCCAUGAACUUUUUACGACGACAAGUAGAGACUUAGCCGAUGGACCCAAUUUGUCGAUUAUUCCUUCAGCCCCAACCCCAUUUACAUCCAUCUGUCUCCGGGAGAUUGACCUGUUCCCCAGUGUGUUAUUAAUAUGGUUCAGCAUCCUAGCUGUUAUAAUGGAUUCCCAUCUCUCUAUUCAAAUCCGCUCAUGCUAUCAAAACGUUGUUCGUGUUUUUUGUUACGAUUUCUCUUUCUUCUCGUCAUACUCAUAUUCUGUAUUUUUAAACUGUAUCUCUGAUGAUGACCCGUGCUUUUUAUAUCGAGUUCUUUCUCCAGUGAAGCGUGAAAUGAAGCUAUGUUGAAAGUUAUUCAUUCCAACUUCCUCGCUACUACAUCCAUCCGUAUAGAGUGAUCGGAUUCUUCAAUGUUGAUGCUUUCAAGAGCGUCUAAUCAGUAUUUCUAACCCGACAUCUACUCGAAAUUUUUGACAUUUUUCAGAAGCCUUUUAGAGGCCCUUUAUUUACCAACUUUGUAGAGUUUCGAGUUAGUACAAUCACUUCAGCUAAUAAGGACUACGUCCUGCUUUUUCUAUAGUCAUAUUUGGCUAUGAAUCUUUUUUCGUGUAAUGAUCUCCGCGACCUUCGAUUCUCAUUGACACCUCACCCACUCCUCAACGGAAAAAAUUAGG